AUGAUUUUGGAAGCAACCAGCAAUGAUACCGUGGAGAGAGUAAAACUAAAAUCAAAUGAAUCGGAAAAAAGUGAUAAUAUUUCUUCGAUUGUAUGGCAGAAACUAAAUGAUAAAAGAAAACGAAAUAAGAGAAUAAUCUCAAGU